GUUGAACCGCCGCAAAUGCUCCACAAAAUUGCAUAUGUUUGCUACGGUUGAUAGUUGACCGCAGCAAUAAAGCCCCUUUUUUCCGAUAUCUACCGCGGUUAGGUUGCAUACACAGCGAAAGAACAUCUUUCUCUCUUCUCCGAUCCAUACUUUGGACGCCCAGAGUGAUGGUUCCUGUGACGCGCCUCGCAGUCGCCUCAGCUUACGAACCCCUCCGCUCACAACAACAUCAGCUGACCGCGCCGCAACCUCGCAGCAGCAUCAGCCGACCAACACCGCCUCCUCACAACUGCAUCAGCCAACCGACCCCGCCUUCUCGCACCGCCCCAGUCUCGCAUUCCAUCCGCCUCGCUUCUCAGAUUCACGCAGCCACGGCCACGCCACCUCAUGCCUCCAGCUCGCACCAUCUCAGCCUCGCCUCGCGCUUCCAACUCGCACUGCAUCGCCCUCGCAACCCUGCCUUGUUGCUUCUUCACCUAGCAAAGACAAUUCACGCCUCCACGUUUAAUUCUUCUCAUCCUCUCAGUUUAAAAUGGCAGGAAACACUCAAACACAGAUUGACGACGCCAUCUACCCUAAGGGCAAGUGGAUCAAGGUGCUGGGCAACAACUUCCAGCUAGACCUCACCGUCUUCAAGUGCCAGAACCCGAUCAUUCCGGCCAUAAUGAAAGGUCACUAUCUCUGGCCUGCACUUCACAACGCCAAACCAGUGCCAGAGAUAUACCUACAACAGUUUUGGGGUCACAUGCACACGGAUUCAUUGAAGGAUUGCUCCAAGAUCAAGACCAAGUUGAACGGCAUGCGGGUGAUUCUGACACCAUCCACUCUACGGACUACUCUAUCGCUGCCGAUACAUGACGAAUACGAUGCACUGCCGUCCAUCCCAGAUCUAUUGAAAGACGUGGCGUCCCUAGGCUACACCUCAUUACUGCCACAGCUCUCCAACUUUAACGGAGCAUAUCUUCACCAUCCGUGGAAAAAUCUAUUUGGGCUGGUGAACAAGUGCCUGUCGCCUAAGCAUGCCGGCUUCGACAAGUGCAACAAGCAAAUAUUGCUGGUCUUUCAUGGCAUCGCGUUCAACAAGAACUACGAUCUGGCACAGCUCUUCUUCUCAGAACUAAUGGACCUAGUCAAAGCCAAAGAAACGAAUAGGCCAGGUACCAUUCCGUACGCUAGAUGGCUCGGGCUGAUCAUACACGACUGCAUGGCAGAGCACGCCUCCAUACCAAGACGCAGUACAGAUCCUCACUUCACAACACCGAAGCUACAGUACUUCAAAGCAGACAAGAAUCCUACUUAUGGUCUGAAGAUACCUGGAUUUCUGCUAAAGCUGGUAAAAUCUUCAAAUCCAGCAGUCCAACAAUACAAAGAAGCCACCGAGAAAACCGUCCCUAUGGUUCAGCAAAACCCAGCUGGACCUACCCAAGGGACAAAGCCGAGUGUAAGUAAGGGUCCUAAGAGAGCCCAAAAGCCACAGAAACCAGUGGCCGGUUUGCCCAAUGAAGGGAAGUCUGACGACUCUCUAGAGACGAGUCAGGCGGCUGAGGGCACCGAAAAAGACGCUGAGGAGACGGCCAAUGAAUCGUCGAGUGAAGCCCAAACGAACACUGACGACGAGGCUUCCGAGAGCGUGGGCACAGAGAGCGGAGAUUCUGGCUCGGAUGAUGACGACGACGACAAUGACAGUGAUGAUGUGGAGCUAACAUAUGCUCUAAUCAGAAAAGGGAAACUGCCAGUUGAAUCUCCUAAGAAGAAAAGAAUAACUGCUGAAGAUGCAGCACCAAUAAUCGCUGGCAGACCCAAAGUCUUCACCAUCAAGGAGAAAGCUAAGCCGAUAGUUGUUUCCAGCGAGACAAACUACUCAAAGGACGACUAUGACGAGGCGGCUCAUACGAUUAAAGCGUCAAUCAACUCGAAAGAAGUUGUCAUCCGAGAGACCAGGGCUAAGGUAAAAAAUGACAAGGCUGCCAAGGCUAAGCCCCAGUCCCAAACCAAAAAGAGUCUGUUUGAUAAGGCAGACGAGCACAUCUUUGCGGGCUGCGACUCCUUUAUCCAGAUAAGCCGAGCCGAAUCCCUAAGCACAAGAGCCGAUCUUUUCGGUUCCCGGGUAGAAGUCGCAGCAUCUGGCUCAACUGCGCAUGCACAGCCCUCUCCCAGCCACUCAAUUGCCUCUCAAAAGGCUAUUGUUUCAAAAGAACGGGACUCAACCCCCUCACUGGUUCCUUCUGAAUCAGUUGAGCAUACAAUUGACCCAUCUCCCGAGGUCAAAACCCCUUCUUCUCUCACAUCGAGUCUAGGUGUCACAUUUCCCACAUUUUCUUCAUUUUCUAGGACACCUACACUAUUCACUGCACAUACAGGUGCACUCACCCUGAACGCAACAACCAGAGCGCAAGCUAUGACGGUUGGAAGCCCUGCUACGCCCAUAAUGAUUCCAUCAUUAAAUGCAGGCCACACAUCAGCAAUCUUCACUGAUGCUGUGUCAACAGUUACAACCCCCGUAACUGGUCACCCUACCUUUGAAGACGUAAACGUUCUACUAAAUCGCUUCCUAGAUUCCACCAUUAAACCAUGGGUGCAAGAUGUAAUGACCGCUCUAGCACAGGAAUUUAGGACCACCCAAGCGGUUCGGUCUGAGCUAGAAAUAACAUCCCGAGGCGUAUCUCCCAGAGAUACCAACCGAGGAGGGGAUGGAAGUCCUGAUGAUGUUACCACUGGUACAUCUUCUCCAUCAGGACAUCAGUUGGAACCCAGUUCUAAGCUGAUGUCAACGGGCAAUCCUAGUGAACCCGGUAGUGCUACACAGGAACAAUCACCGCCUGAACAAAGAAUUCCAUAUAUUUCCCCAGGCAAAGACAUCCAUGAUGCACUGGAAGAGGCGGUGAUAUACGACAAAUGGCCAAGAAAAUGGACAGAAUGGGAUGAUCUUCGGGUUGAAGCCGAGCAAGAGGACAUGCAAAGAAACUGGUGGCUACGAGAGCUGAUCAACAAAUGCUCUGAAGAUAUUAUACGGCUCGAGGACGAUGAACGCAAGGAAGGGGAGAAUUACAAGGAAUCCCAGAAGACUUUUGAAUCAGUCGUAAGACAAACAGCGGGAAGACUUCCCAAGACAGAGAAACCCUGGGAUAAUGUUCGUAUCAAAGCCCCCUUCCAAGAAGAAAUCAGAGAGCAUAUCUGACGUAGACCAGACAAAGUCAAGCCACUGAACGAACUGAAGCUAAGAGGCCUUACUCACUUGAAAGGAAAGCAGGCUGGAGGUCAUCUGCAUAUGUUGCUGCAAAGGUCAACCGGUACACAGAGAGAACUAAUGGAACAAGAUCUGAAGUCGAAUAUUCUCCCGAUUCAUCAAAUUCUACAAGUGAAGGCUGAAGACUAUCAUGGAGUAACAUUCUACACUUACAGACUUCAACGCACCGAUGGGAGCGAAUUCACUUGUCAAGAGAACGACUUCAUUAUGCUGAAACCGGAUGACAUCUACCAAAUGCUCAUGGCCUACAGAUACCUUCCAGUCAGGCAGAGCAUAGUAUACAGCGAAGGCCUCGCAGCUAUCAAGAGAUUCAUGCUUAGACAGAUCCGAGUACACUCUUCACAUGACCUACAGAUGGCUAUUGAAUGCAAUCUGAAGAAACAAAACUGACAAAGCCAAGACUGUAUGGUCCAGAACUUGAAGACUUCCCAGCCUACCACAUCUUCUUCACACCGCCAGCAGUCACCUAUCUGAACCACAAGAACGAAAAGCGUCUGAUGGUAGUCAGUGAAAUCGAGAAGUACUGUGACGGAACACUGAAGAUAAUCAGAGAGCAGAUUCUACAGAUGAAGGCAAAGCUAGAGGAAAAUCUUCAAGAGACAUCGUCUUAUGUUCAAAAGGAACACUCUACUGUAGAGACAAUUUUAAAGGCCAUUGACGAUCGCCUCGAAAAGAGAAAUGUGCUGAGGCAGUAUGAACAUGCACUUGGUUUGAGGAAGCACUACUUCAAAUCACAGAAGCAAUAAGAGAAUGGCACUUGAUCACAAAGGGGGAGAUUGUUGGAGAUAUUUAAUUGUGAAUCAAGUUGGUCAUAGAUUAGCUUUAUAUUUAAUCCUUGUAUUUAAAUAGUGCAUAAAUUAGAUAGAAAUCAGGCCAAGUGUUAGGCCCAUUUAAACAGGCCAAAAGCCUGGUACGCCUAACCUAAACCUCGCCUAUAAAAAGGGAGUCGAGGUUUAGGAAAAGGCUGAACGUCGUACUUAUUAUUCAUAGCCUUACGCUUAUCAUUCUGCUGUACGUUCCACGGUUUAUCAAAGAAGGUCUUACGGUGAUUCAUUCUGUGUUCAUAUUUACGUUUAAUCUUCCUUGUUAGAUCGAUUAUUCAUUGCUGUUACAGAAACAGGGACUAACAAAGUUCCAUUUUCAAAUACUACUGAGUAUCCUGAGUUCACCAGCUGCCCUACACUCAGUAGAUUAUGAGCCAGUUUGGGUACAUAUUGCACAUCACAAAGGAGUUUGGUGUUGCCCUUCUCAGUUGUGAUAGCAAUUGUUCCCAUGCCUUGUACCUCAAGCUGUUUUCCAUCUCCCAGCCUGACCAUGUUCUUCAUUGAUUCAUCCAGAUUCCUGAACAUAGCCCUGGCACUUGACAUAUGGUUUGAACAACCACUGUCAAUAUACCAUACACUGCACUCCUCCACUCCAUUUGCUGCAUCCUGAGCCAAGAACAAUUUCUCUUCUUCUUGCUCUACAAAGUUGGAUUUCUGACCUUCUUUUUGUUCAUCUUCUGCCUUCUUCCAGCAAUUUACUUCCUUAUGGCCAGAUUUGUUGCAAUAGUAGCACUUGACAGGGCUUUUGCUAGGUUGAGAGGACUGAUUUCUCCCCUCAUUCCUUGCCCCACUGCCUCUACCUCUUCCUCUAGAGCCUCCUCUCCCUCUACCUCUGCCAGCUUGUUGAUGAGACCUUUGUUGAUUUGAAGAUUCUCCUCUAGCUUGGAAGGCUUUUUCUUCUGUUGAAUCUUCUUCCUUGCAUAUCCUUUCUCCAUGGGCUUGAAGAGAACCCUUCAAAUCUUCAAAGGUGUAAGUCUCCAGAUCUUUUGAUUCUUCAAUUGCUGCCACUACAUGCUCAUAUUUUUUGGUGAGGCUCCUGAGAACCUUACUCACAACUUGACUUGACUUGAUCUCUUCUCCUAAGGUUUUCAUUUCCUGAACGAUUGUGGACACUCUUGAAAGAUAUUCUGGGACUGUUUCCUUCUGCUUCAUUUGGAAAUUUUCAAAUUCCCUUCUGAGAGAUUGUAGGCGUACAACAACUACCUUCUUGUCACCAACAUACUCUUUAUUUAGAAUACUCCAUGCUUCUUUUGCUGUAGAAGCUGCUGCAAUGUGUGGAAAGAUAGCAUCAUCCAAGGAUUGUUGAAUGAUAUAAAGUGCUUUAGCAUCCUUUUUCCUCCUUUCCCUGAGUGCUUGAUCUGGCUCAUCAGCACCAUCAUCCUCAAACCCAUGCUCAACCGUAUGCCACAGCUCUUGUGACUUGAAAAGGGUUUUCAUUUUUAGACUCCAAAAAUGAAAGUUGAUCCCUUUGAAGAUGGGCAAUUGAUUCAAAGAAUUCCCAGUACCAUUAGUAUUUUGCAUGGUGAAGAACUGACUCGUAGAAUGUGUUUUACUCUCACGAAAACACUCACACUACCAAAGGAUUUAUCACCUUAAGGCUCUGAUACCAAAUGUAGUCUAAAACUGGGAUACAGAAGGAAAUAUAAACUGAAAGCUUAAGCAUAAACGAGCUAAUAAUCUGCUGUAUCUAAUCAUAUAUUUUAUUGAAGUAACAAGGCUAUAUAUAGCCAUAAUAAUGUUAAACAAAGUGAUCCACUAAUGACUCAACUAACUCCUAGUAUUUAGGCCUGAUCACACGUUCAAAAGCAAUAAACUAAAGUGCUGAACUGACUCCACAAAAGUAGCUAAACAUGAAGACUAAAUCUUAUUUUAAAUAAAAUGAAAAGAUCAUUUCUUUUCCUCAAAGCCACGUAUGUAUGUUGCGUGUAUCACUCAUGCACACGAAGCUUGGUCAGCUUUCAACACACUCCGCCCUUCGAACCUAAACAAUAUUCAUACUUUCUUUUUUGGGAUUGUCCCAAAUAAGGUCAUCUUUUCUUUAUGAUCCUAAAUCCUAAUCUAUUUGGAAAGGAGUUGUUAACUUUAGCUACUUCCCUCAUUUAAUAUCUCCACCCCUGCCACUACUAAUACUCUCUACCACAUGUUCCUAGGGGAAACUUGAAAGUUCAAAAGCAAAACAUAAAAAAAAAUUAUUAAAAAGCAUGCCAAGUCCAAGUGUGAACCUUAUCAACGGAUGGAGGAAGUUUCAUGUGAUUCUUUUUGUGGUGUGUUGUUUCCUUACAUGUUCUCUGUUCAUGAUGUAGGUGGAAAUAUUGCCAGUCACCUCAACGAAGGGACAAGGAAAAGAGUUCUUAUAAAUGAAUGCAUUCACUGCAUGCGCUCUGCGUGACACAUUUUCGCCAGCCCGAGGAGCAGGUGGCUGGAGGCAGGAUCUAAGAAUCUAAUGGAUAUCUACAAGCAUAACAUCCCAGGAAUUAUAACAUGGCACAUAUGAAAGAUCUAUUGUCAGAUCAGUUGAGGCGAAGCCAACACAAUCCCAGAUUAUAGGCUGAUUAUUCAGCAAAUAAAGUUUUUCAGCCGACAAUGGUCAGAGGUGAAACUCUCUAAACUUAAGCGACAGGAGGGGCGGUAAUGAGAUCCAGGUCAGGGGAGUUCCUGUUUGCUCUUCAUUUUCAUAUCUCGGCAUCUUCCUCUUUGGAGGCAGAGUUUAUUGCGCUACAUAGAUCGGUGUCUUGGGCUAUUGGAAAGGGAUAUCGGUCUUUUGAGAUUGAAUCCGAUUCGCAGCAGGUGGUUGUGGCUAUUGAAAAUAUCAGUUUGGCGGGAAGGUGGAGGAAGCUGGUUUUGGAGUUGAGAAGAUGGAUGGUUGACAAGAGGCCAACUGGCCAGCGCAUUUAAUGGCUAAACAAUUUUCAGAUGAUUUUAUUAUUUUUGACUCAAUUAGAGACGAAUCCCAUCUUAUAUUCGACGCUUUUUGUUAGCUGAUAAACUAGGACUUAGUUACUUUAGAUUUUGUUGAAUUGUACUUUUGGGUAAGGUCUAGUCCCCCAAAUUAUUUUUGCUCUCGUUUUUUCUCUGGAUUUUGUAUUUCGAGAAGGAAUGCCUUCUCUGAAGAGGUUUGGUCUAGUCCCCCUCUUCUGUUGUAUCUUUCUUCCUUUUUUAAUAAAACUCGGUAAAUAUUCCUCG